ACCGACCCGAGGACCGAGGCUCUCCUCCUCGUUUACAACGAAUCGAGUCUCUCUCGAUUCUUCCAUCCAUUUCUUAACUUACGAAGACGCUCAAGGCGUUCGCAGGAGAUUUUGAUUAAAUUACGGGACCGUGACGCAAAGUUGGCCUCGUUGACCGAUGUUGACGAUAUAAAAGGAGCGCAAGAGCGUAAAGAACGUUGUAAGUGGCGAACAACCGGCGGUACCGUCAUGCAGUACCUUCUGGUGCCGUUCAUUCUAGUGGGAUGUCUGUUUUUAGCGAGUUCCAUCAACGUGGACGAGAAUCCUUGGAAGCAUGGGCCAGAGUACACCUAUGGGGUGCAGUUGAACAUGGUGACGGGAAUGAACGAGGGCCAUCACGAGUACCUGGGCACGAGGCUGAUAACGAAAAUGAAAUGCCGACCUAAGGAGCCCGAUUCCCUCAGCUGUCGCUACCUGGACGCGAAAUUUACGAGGCUGCUCCCGAAGGACUUUGACGUUCUCGGGGCCGAACCCGCUAAAAACGCGACCUACGUGCCAUUUGGGAUAGGUCCGGAACGGUUCGAGGUCAAGUUCAACGAACGCGGGAUCGAGAGCUUCCUCGUGCCUCGGUCCAUCGCUCCCUGGUCCGUUGACAUGUUUAAAUUGAUAGCCAGCCAGCUGAGCGUCGGUACCAACCUCGGACGGAAGGAGGAGACCUUCCAGAUCAUGGAGAACUUUACGAUGGGCCAGUGCGAGACCAGAUUCAAAGUCAUCCGCCGGGACGACGAGGACCAAAAUGGCCUCCGCAAGGCGAGGUUCAAGCUGCAAUUCCUCCCCGAGCUGGGCGUGCCCUCGGGUCAGAUUCUGGAAGUAGAGAAGAAGCGGAAUCUGAGGAAUUGCAGUCCCAGGGCCAAAUACUUCUUCGGCACCAGGUUCACCUAUGGACUCGUGCCGUAUACUGCCAUUGAUCACUUGACAUCCUCGUUUAGCCGAAUCACCCUCUCGGAAUCCGAGUUCACGUCCGAGACCGUCAAUCGCUGCGACAUCCACGACGAGGAAGAUCGCGAAAAAAUAGGAGAGGUUCUCGAUCACAUCAAGAUCUUUCUGGAAUCGAUCGAGCCCGCGAAGGAGGAGUUGAAAGAGGUUCCUUCCCCGGUGACCGUCGGUUUAAUCGUCAAAGGACCGAUCAAGGAACUUGAACAUUACGAACCACCGCCGACGAGUAAAACCCUUGGUAAACCAGCUACGUGAGGUCGCGGCCCGAUCUUUCUGCAAACUAUUUUAAGUGCACCGUCGUUCUCCUUAUAGGCUAAUUAUUGGUGUAAUUAAAGAAGUAGAAUUCAGAAACGACAGCUAGAUAUGGAAUUAGAACGUCGAGGUAUGAAUAAUCUACGAAUAAUAUGCGUUUAAAUAUAUCGCGAUUAUGUUUCAACGAUGUAUUACGAACCGACCUGAUGUAUAAUAAACUGUAAAAUAAUUAAUGUAAUAAAGCAACUUAUUGAACAAU